GUUUAAUCUUCUUUUAUAUAAACUCUUAAGAAACUGUUAAUGUUACAUACUAGACUGGUCAAGUUUCCGAAAUGGAUUAUAUAAACCAAACUAAACCAACCAUUAGCUUGUAUUUCAAGUUAACAUAAUCAAAAGAGAAUAAAAAUGAUUAAGCCACCACUAAGCCUUCUGGAUUGGGGUCCACGUCAAUAUGUGUGUUUUUCCACAAAAAGAAAAAGUGAAGACUCAAGUUCUGUCCUGUCCCUUUCCGGCGAAUUUGGUUCUGUACACAGACUUUAGACAUUUCCUCUUUACCAGCUUUUUUGCUUUCCUUCACUGCAAUUUCUAUAUUCUCUCAUAUAACAAUGUAUCCUCUUUUGUAGCACAUUCAGUGUCGUGGGUCUCAAGCUUUUGUCAGUAUGGGCUGCAUCAUUUCUUCUCGAAGAAAGAAACCGGCACCAAAAGGGUCCCCUGAACACCGUCCUCCUCGCUUCCACGUUCCUCCAUCAACAGCAACAAUAAUAGCUAAUGGUGAUGGUGAUCAAGCACAAAAGGUCUCCGAUAAGGUCAAUGAUAAAGUAAGUCCCAAGGAGCUGAAAAGAGAAGAGAGCGUUCUUGUUGCUAAUCCUCCUCCUCGCUGUACAGAAUUAGCUGACUCCGGUUGGCCACCGUGGCUUAUUCCCGACGCUGCUGAAGCCCUUGUUGGUUGGCUUCCUCGCCAUGAAUCUCACUUCGAGAAGCAAGAACAAAUUGGAAGAGGAACAUUCAGUAAGGUGUUCAAAGCUAGAGAUCUUCUCAGCAACAAGACCGUAGCUCUGAAGAGAAUCCGUUUCGAUCCCAGAGACAAAGAAAGCAUCAACAGCAUAGCCAGAGAGAUCCAAAUCCUACGCAAGCUAGAUCAUCCUAAUGUCAUUAAACUAGAAGGGCUGAUGCUUGUAGAACACGACUCCUCUAUCCUCUACAUGAUCUUUGAGUACAUGGAACAUGACCUCUUGGGACUCUCUUCAUUACUCGGUGUUGAAUUCUCAGAACCUCAGGUUAAAUGCUACAUGACACAGCUCUUAAGAGGGCUUGAUCAUUGUCACACUAACCAUGUACUCCAUAGAGAUAUCAAAAGCUCUAAUCUUCUCAUAAACCAACAUGGAGUCCUCAAAAUUGCGGAUUUUGGGUUAUCAACGUUCUUUGAUCCUCACAACAGUGUUCCUUUGACUACCAACGUUGUAACUCUAUGGUAUAGACCUCCUGAGCUUUUGCUUCGAGCUUCUCAUUACAGUGUUGGCAUCGACUUGUGGAGCACAGGUUGUGUAAUAGGUGAGAUAUUCGCUGGAAAGCCUAUUCUUCCUGGAAAAGACGAGAGAGACCAACUGCGAAAGAUAUUCGAGUUGUGUGGAUCACCUUCAGAGGAUUAUUGGACAAAGCUGAAGCUACAGCUUUCGUCUCCAUUGAGACCAAUGUUUCCAUAUGGAUCAAAUAUAGCAGAGACAUUCAAAGAGUUUCCAGAUCCUGUUAUUUCUCUUCUAGAGACUUUGCUCUCUCUUGAUCCAGAUCUUCGAGGCACUGCAGCUACUGCUCUCAACAGCGAGUACUUUCACACUGAGCCAUUGGCUUGUGAUCCAUCUUCUCUACCAAAGUACACUCCCAGUAAAGAAUUGGACAUUAAGAAGCGCGGUGAAACUAGAAAACAAGCUUCAGAAAUUAUAAGCACAGACGAACCACAAGCUGUAGAGCCAAUUCAAGAAGAUUCUUCUCUAACAAAGCAGCUUCAGAGAACGUCUUCAGAUUCCACGAGCAGAGAAACCUCAAAUACAAAGUCUUCUGAGGAAGAGGAGACUUCCAGCUUACAAGAUCAUUCUCCUAGACAAAUGCAAACAGCUAUGGACAUGACAAGCAAUGAUGAAAGUGGAGAAGAAGACUCUUACACGGAUUCAUAUGGACACAAUCAGAAUCAAUCAAUGAAUACGGAGGAAGACAUACCUUGGCCAAUGAGUCCAUCUAGAGUUAACACAACAGCAAGUCUGCCUAGUGUUUGUGAGAAUGGAACAUCUUCUUCCGAGAGAGUAGGCAUCAUGCACACUCUGAUUGAGGAUUGUACUGUCAAUUAGAUUCAAUGGAGAACAGAUUCAAACACACAUAAUAAACAUUCUUGCUUUUAUUCC